CACAAUGCAUGGGCGCAGGUACGUGAUUCCGGACGGGCACCGCGUGGCGUAUUCGUGCAUUCUACAGCGAUAUGCCACAUUGCUUUCGGUUUCGAUUUCUCUCGUUGGCUGACCAGCCGCAGCGCCCUUGCGGCGUCCGCGUCCUUUUUAUUGCGCCCGACAGGUGGCGCACGGCGCGUCCGUUCGUAGGCGCUCGUUCGUCGGUCGUCUGCAAUUUUGGGCGUGAUACCCCUAGUCCCGGCGCGCGAACCCGAGGUUCGAAGCAAGAGACCGCGAUUCGAAAAAGCUCUCUCGUGUUCUCUCAACGUGCUUCGUCGACGGUCCAUCAUGCUCGUCGCCGUGGUGAUGUUCGUUUGUGCCGUGCUGUCCGUCGGUAGCGGAAAGAGCUCUGCACCGGCCUACGAGGAGGGCUUCGACAAGAGUGCUUGCCAAACCCUGUGCCCCGUUCCGGGCUGCCCGGACAACGCGUCGGACGAUACGGAGCUCAAACUCUCCGAGCGUGGCUUUCCUCUCGCCAACAGCUUUCAGUUCCCGGACAAGAUUCGACGUUACACACCGUUCAGAGUGAACAUGAGUUCUCCCGACGUGGCGGUGAACGCGCUGAUCCUGGUGUUUCGCUCGACGAGCGGCGGCACCGAGCCACAGGGAUACUUCGAAAAGUGGUCCGACUCGCUGCGUCCGCUGCAGUGCGAGGACGGGCCGCCCAACGCGCUCACUAACCGCGACCUUUCCGGCAAGCACGACUUCUGGUUCUCCUGGAUGCCGCCGGAUUUGCCGGAGAUCGACGUCGCCCUCAAGGGCACAUUCGUGGUGAACAACGAGUACUGGUAUGACAUCGAGAUCGCCAGCGCUUUCCAGGUGGAUGAAUUCCCUGUCUCCAUGGAAGGCUGCGGCCAGGUGAAGAGCUGCGUGACGCUCUCGCGCACGCGCACCAAGUGCGAGAAGGCCAGCCGCUGCGACCUGACCGUGACGUACGCCCUGAGCGCGGACAACCGGACGCUCGAGGUGACGAUGGGGGGCGUCGCAUCCAUGGCCGGCCGCUACCUGGCGAUCGCCUUCACCAACGACACGGAAACCCUCAAGGGCACCAGCAUCUUUGCUUGCACUAGGACCGAAAGGCUGGCGGAGGUGCGGCACUUCACGCUUGCCGAUGACAAGAGCAUGCCCAUGGAGACGAACCAGGUCCUGGAGAACACGGCGUUCGAGCAAGACGGCGAGCGCGUCUGGUGCCGCUUCGAGACUCCCGUGCGCGUGGCCGGAUUCGACCUGGCCGCUCCCCUCUACCAGCUGUAUUUCUGGGGCCAAGCCAAUCUCACGUCUGGCCAGAUCGAGAUGAGUCCACCGUACAAGACUUCCAAGGAGCCCAUACAAGUGGGCGUGGCCCAACACAGCAGGCUCACCAGCGCCUCCUCGCGAGAGAGCGCGCCGGUGUUGGCUGUGCUCGUCGCGGGACUCGUGGCGUCGAUACUCCUGCGGCCCAUGUCCUAAUCUCUGUUACGGCGAAGUUUACUCGCGUUGCACGAUUUCGUCGCGAUCUUGCGCGAAUUCGCAACCUCUGCAGCACUGUUCGCACGUGGCACCACAGUCGCUGGUGGCACACAUAGCAGAUUUCUUCAUCUCUCCUUUUUUUAUUAAGCACGGUAAUUAAUUACUUUCUGCGCGCAGGCGAUGUUACCAGAACUCAAUACGCGCUAUACCGUCUUCAAGUUGGGAUAGUGAUGCGAAAGCUAGUUUUGUUGCGAUGGUAGCCGAUGUUUGACAUAGCACACCCGCGGGCCAUCAAGUUUGCAACGUGAUUUUGUUUUUUGGAUUGGUCCUACUAGUAGCAGCGCAGGAGGCAUGGUCCUUACGAACCAGUGCUUGACGGCGCUGCCAUCUGACCAGAUCGAGGAGCUCCUGACAAGAUUCUCUCAAGUGCGGAGCAAGCAUCACUUUCCGCCAGAGGAAGACUGCCUACAGCUUCCGUAGCUCUUGCGGAACGGUAGUAGUCGUGUAAAGGAAAGCGGAAAAUCAAAAACGAGAAAGUGCGCACGUUUUCAGACAAUGAUGUAUGCUUGGCUGAAAUUUCUGAAAUAAUUUUACUUUUCGCCACGUGACCUUCGCUUUUUUACACGGGCACCGUCACAAUAUAGAGCGCGCUGCCCCCCAGCAAAGCUCCACGGGCAUUGUGUGUCACUGUUGAAGGUGCUGGUAUGCUUGCUUUUGUGAUCGUUCUCCGUGUCGAAAGACAAAAUGUCGAUUCAUAAGGUUAAAGCGAGACAUCACCUUAUAGGGAAACCUCGUCUAUCAAAGCAUGUGCGCCCACUUGACGGACGAGGUUUCGAGAGUGUAUUAGAAGUCGCAAUGGCGAGGACAGACGGCUGCCAUUUUCUCCGAAUCGUUAGUUUGGAAUAGUAGCUCCAAUUAAUUAUUAUACGCAUCUCAUUUCGCUGGCUCUGUGUACUUCGCCGUCGGAAAACCUAAUCAGCAGUAGGGAGCGAUGACCGGCUAGUCGAUGUUGCAUGGCCUGAAAGUGCACACUUUGAAUAUGUAUUCCCGCCGGCAGUGACGAACAUCCCACCCCCCCAAAAGAAAAAAACAAGAAGACCUUACAUUUCCUUACAAUAGACCUUCAUUUUCGUAUGAUAGCCACCUUCAUUUGAACCUACUGAGCCCUGUUCUAUUGACGGCGUUUCAGUCACUGCCUGCUGAGGUAGUGCCGAUGAGUGCUAGCAAAGCUUAGCGGCACGUAGGUCGUGUGCGACAGUUUUGUUUGUUGAACUAGCCCUAGUGUUCGGUAGCAGACGGCAAUGAAAGUUAUCGUCUCCAAUCGUGUGUCAGGCACUGUAGCGUGCUAGAAUCUUGAGUUUCGAUCCCCGACGCCGCGUGGCAACGAUAGUGUGGAGAGAUGCAAGAAACGAAAUGUUCGCUCUGGUUGUCCUCAAAGCGAGGACUUCCAUCUGUCUGUCGCGAUCUUCAUAAAAGAACACACGCUAGCGCUGGGCAGGUAGCCUCGUUCCCUACUACAACGACAAUGCACUGCGGCCACCAUUCGAAGCAGCGGGGGAGAGCGGUGCCGUAACGUGGACUGCCGGCAUCCAAAUAUGGCAGUGCUUUCCAGCUGGCCGUGAAAAACAAAUCCCCCUAAACUGCGCUGUUUCACACCAUAGCCGUGCUUUGUGCUAAGCCUGGAAACAAAGCGACUUAUUCGCGUGCGAAUUGCACAGCCCGGCGUUCGCGGCACGAUAUGAGCCAGAGGUAACGCCUCUUGCUUUGUCACCGGCUCGCUCGUGGCACAUUGCAAUAACCAAGGUGUCAGCCUGUCAAUUCCAUCUGAAUCGACUUAAGCGAAAAAGAAAAAAAAAAAACCGGCGAGAAGGAAUGGUCGAAGCGACGGUGGUGCCAGCGUCCAUAAGAGCUGCGUCGCUUUCUUUGUGCGUUUUCAAUUUUUUGCCGUGGCGAUCCAGGCCGUACGAGACUAUCUUUCAGGUUAUAUAUAUAUAUAUAUAUAUAUAUAUAUAUAUAUAUAUAUAUAUAUAUAUAUAUAUAUCCACUUACGUCCCUUUCCUGCCUGAGUCAAGCCGAAAGCAGUCGCGAGCUUCUCCUAUGAUAGUUUGCCGAACUGUACUCCAUCGUGCAUAUUUCCGCGGGGAACAGCUGACAGCUAUAGCGGCAUUUUAAUACCAUGCAACAUCACAAGGCGGCACGGUACAAGUUAUUGCAACAGUUGCGCUACCGCUAUAUCUGCAAACAUAAGGAAGAGAAAUAACUUUGUAGUUGAGUUCAGAUCGAGGCUCAGGUACGGCUGUGGCGCUUUUCACUUCUUAUUUUUCGCGCGAUGAAGGUUUCCUUUUCUGUCGAAGCACUCCAAGUUACAUGCACAAGAACAUAAGUAUGGAAAUCGUAACGACAGAUGAUGCGCUAUCAUUAUAGCAGCUGCUUUCCUAAUCAACUUCAGACACUGUGAACGCUACAUUUCUGUACCGAACUCAAACCAUAACAACUGUCUAAGGCACCUUGUUACCGACAGCGCUGAGUGGGACAAGAAAUGCGUUAAAUCUAGAAAUAGCGUAGUAUUUACAGGAACGCGCUUUGGUUCUUGUGCUGACGCGUGCGAGCAUAUCCUUGGCAGCACUGCCGUGUUUUAUAGGACGUUUCUUGCAGUUAUCUAAAACUAUUUUCGUCUCGGGUUUGCUUCUCGCACAUCGCAAUAUAAUUUUUAUUAUUAGCUAUUCUUACCUUUAUUUCCUGCAGAAUAUGUUUGUUGUAUACGAUGUAUAUUUCCGGUAUAGUUUUGGCACUGACAUCGAAGACGUAGCAUUUCAGUGAGAAAAAAAAAGAAUUAUAUAUAUAACAGCGCGUACAACUCGGCAGGCUCACUAGUCACCAUGUCGCUUCCAUUCACGCAAAUCGCUCUCGCACGCUCUCGCCACCAACGACACACCACACGCAAUCGGAACACGAGCAGGCAUCGUUGAAGCUGCCACUCAUUGUUUAUCGCAGUCAGGUCGCUCGCACGCUUCCUUGAUUUUUUUGUUGUUGUUUUGUUUUGAAGGGUGCGAAGACACGGCGCCGCGAAUGGCUCACACCACUGCCCGCACGCAUGUAACGUGCGCAAACCACGCAUCGCGCAAAUAAAAGGGACGAGACGAUUCCGGCGAUUCUGUCGUUCUAGGCAGAAGGAACUUAUGCAUGGAGCGUGGCGACGCUCUCAUUGCGACAAGCAUUUUUUUUUUUUUGGAGUGUUCCACGUCGCCGCGACCUUUACUGAUAGAAUUGUAACAACUUAGUUUUGUUAGUGCAGCAUUAUUGACCGGAAUGGCCCUCGUCCCGCAAUACAACAGCUGUGCGGUAGAAAGCAAAGACGAGACGGAACAGAAUCUGGCGAAGGAAUCCUUUUAAAGGGCGCGACAGCCUAUGUAAAUGUUGUUAUCCACAAAAAGCAGUUUUUUUUUUGCUUGCAUGCUAGCGCACUGUCGCAAGAGGUGUACGUACGGCAAGCAGGCGUUCUCGUUGCCCCUGGACUUACGUAACCAGCGAGGGACAAUUAUGCGAAUUCGCUUGGCAUACUGCUACCUAUUGGCAACCACUCCGAAACCGGAGAGGGCGGUUAAAUUCAGUUUUUUAUUUUUUAUAUAGGAACAAGUCUGCUACGUGGUAUAUUUGAACGACUGUAGCUCUUCGCUGCACAAAUUAGUUGUUGAAGUGAAUCGUGCAAUGAACGAACUAUAAUGUUUAGAAGCCAUGAGGUGAUGUAAGCCGCCCACGACCGGUGCAGCAGAGGCCUGUUUGCGGUUAGGAGACGGACAUAAGCGUAGGCUUCUGCCGAUGUAUCGCUGUCUGUUGGCUAGAGUACAGUUAAUUGCGAAGUAACAAAUCUUUACUCCAUAGUACGUUUUUAUUUUUCUCUGUUGCAUUCAUGUUUCACGAGCUGCAUUUUAUUCAUUUUCAUUUUUCCCAAGCCCGUAGGUCAUUUCAUUUCACUUUUGGUGUAUAAACCUUACGUAAAAAGCCAAUUGUCGCUUCGUGUUUCCAUUCUCGACUGGCGCCUUUGCUUUCUUGUUUGAGUUAAGGAGGAACCGUAUAGCCAGCUUAAAAGGAGGAGGAGAUUAGUUGUCUUCUGUGCAAUCACCCGUGUGAACGCAUUCUCUUUUCACAUUCCUUUAUGUGCUCUUGUUGCUUACUGAAGCCGAGCAGUUGUUUUACACACAACCAAAAGCCAUUCGCAGCGACACUUACCUUUUUACUCUCAGGAAACUCUCGUUUGCCACCUGUUCACAUUCCAAUUCUUUCGAACCACUGAAACAUCAGCGAGCAAAUCCUACUGCAGUAUUCUUAUUGCUACAUUUUUUUUUACGCUAGUGCAGUCAUGGAGAAGUGCUUCUCCGCAGGCAGUACUUUUUCGAGUUCUGCAUUCGACGUUGAAGGCCUAAACGUGGAAUCUUAAACGCCGACCCAAUCUUGAGUUAGUAGGUAAAGAGAAACGGCAGUUUGAACGAGCAGAGUUCUGACCAAUGUUUUGGCUCGUCGUCACGGUAAUGCGUGCAACGAAGGCGGAUCACCGCAUUAGGUAGCUUGGGCACGUCCUGAUCUUUGGCCGUUGGUCGUCCGUCGUAAGCGGGAACAGAUUACACCCGGCGACUGGGCCCCGCCAUAUUUUCAUAUUCCUAAGGUGUCGGGUACAACCGCUGCUAUAAAGGCCAGUCGAAGCAAAGGCCGUGGAAGGAAACUGCCAUCGUAAAACGUGUGUGGUUAUAUAUAUACAUAUAUAUAUAUAUAUAUAUAUAUAUAUAUAUAAAGAGAGAGAGAGACAGAGAGGGCCACUUCGUCAUCAACUUCAAAUUUACUUGUGCUACAAAAAGAAAGGUACAAUAUUAGACUGGCUUUCAUGACAAUUGUCGCAUAGGAAGUGGCUCCAGCGGUUGAGGUGACAAAUAAGGCACAAGAAAGCCUUAAAGAAAGGCAAGCAAUGAUUGAACGAGCUACACUGGAUUAGAUGCGUUAGUGUAAGGCACUCCUCAAAAACACUUGAAACAAAAUACUAGAGAGAGAGGCGGACAGAGGGAGAGAAAAGAUAGAAAGGCAGGAGAGGUAGGAAUGUUAACCUGACAAGAGUUUCCGGUGCGCUACUCUGCAGCGGGAUCGGGGAAAAUCGGUUGGAUCAAAACAUAAGAGAAUGUGUAAAUUAGUGUGAAUGACGUAAAAAUAUUCCAACUUUUUCUAUCUUCCCUUUUUUUAAAGCUGCUUCUUUCGUCAUUCCACUCGUGAGUUCGGUCUGGGUGUCGUUAUAUUGGCUGUUGCUUUUGAUAGCAGCUCGCCUUGGAGCGACGUGUGCACGCCGUAACUGACGGACUCUUUCUGCAAUACUGCUAGGUUUUGAAACGCGAUGUUUUUUACACGAAGUGCACGUUUUCUUAAGCGCUAUUGGCCUAAACGUACGUGUGUCUGUUUUGUAACCUUACAGGGGUGUUACUAAGACAACUCCUCUCUCAAGUCCCUUCGCGAUUUUUAUAUGCACCCUUGGAUACCGUGGAACACCCGCCAGUGAUGUGCUCUGCCCACAUUUCCCUUGCUUUUCUUUUAUUAUGCUCACUGAGCACACAUGCAUGAACUGUUGAGAGCUCGCCCUUUUAUUUUUUAAGCUUUACCAAAAAACAAAGCUCAACGAACAAAUGUGCAAUUCGAAUUUAUGUGUUGCUAGAAUCGAAACGAAGUCCCUAUUUACUCGUACACCGUCAGCACAGCUGCGUUUCGAGUAGUCAUUACGGGUGUCGCGCAAUUCGUGUUACCUUCCUUUAUGGUCGUCUUGUUUGGACCACUGCGUUGGUCGCCUCACCGCAAGGCUAUUUUUCAGAUCACGGAAUGAAGCUUGUCCCAGUUGGGCCUGUCUAUUAUUAUUUGUUUCUCGAUCACGUUACAGUGAAAUCGUCCCAGGAACUAGUCAUGCAACUGCCUCUGUUUUAGAAGUGGUAUGUAUGGUGUGUAUAACGCGUAAGUCUGCUUUACAUAUAUUCAACCAAAAUGAGGCAUUUGCAUUGUAGGCUGCUUAGGCUGCCGUCACGAGCAUUAGUUAUUCUUUUACUAUGUGUUUAAUUGGGCCGGUUUGAGUAUCGUGACCUUUACUACUUGACUCUGUGCGUGCUGUAGUGAGCGCUAUUUCCCGUCUGUUGUGUCAUAUUCCGUGGCUAUUAUUCUGUUUACUGACAGCUAAGCUAUUUGCUGCUUGUAGUACGCUACCUUAGCGCGCCCCCAGCAUUAUCUAACCUGUAUAUAUGUUCCCUCUUUCUCAACGUAGGCGCUUGCAAGUGAGUGUGUGCGCAAACCGUGACUUUUUUUGUUAGUUACUGAUUCUGAUGAACAUAUCAGAGUGCACUGGCUUGAUGUGAGUGUGUAAAUAAAGAAAUCUUAGAAGCAA